ACUACUUAUGCCGCUCACUUUUAACAAAACCCUAAUCCCCAAUUCCCUAAACCCACAUCCCCAGAUACAUAGAUGGCCUCCGGACUUCGUAUAGUGACGGAAAGAGUCGGCGAUGGUGCUGGACAACCGGUCUUAGACCCAGAUAAUGGGGAGGAGCUGAUGCACGUGCAGCCUGGCGUCUCCAUAGUUCUUGGGAACCGACCACCUGAAUCCCCCGGCACUCUAUACAUCUCCACCAAGCAAGUGGUGUGGCUGAGUGACACCGACAGAGCCAAAGGCUAUGCGGUUGAUUUCGUUUCGCUGUCGCUACACGCUGUCUCCAGAGACCCCGACGCCUACCAUUCUCCUUGUAUUUAUACUCAGAUUGAGACUGGGGCUGAGGAACUUGAAUCGGAAGAUUCAGAUUCUGAGAGUGACAACAUAUUGAACCUAUCGAAGAUAACUGAGAUGAGACUUGUGCCCUCAGAUCCUAAUCAAUUGGAUACGCUGUUUGCAAUAUUUUGUGAAUGUGCUGAGCUGAAUCCUGAUCCCAUAGAAGCAGAGGGAGAAGAUGGGCAUAAUUGGGUUUUCAGUGCUGAUCAGCUGGAAGAUGAUGGUGGAGAAGAUGAUGAUUCAGAAUGGGCUAUCCCUGAAAAUUCCAGCCAUUCAAUUGGUUCUAAUGGCAACCACGACUUGGCUCAUUCCGUGGUGCAGCUUCACAUAAAUGAUCAGCGGUUUGAGGAUGCGGAGGAAAUGGAGCAGGAUGACAAAAAUGGUCAUCACUGAACAACUAUUUUCUUCUGUUUCAGCUUUAGAUCUUCCGUUUAUAUGAUUGUUGUAGACAGAGACCAAUGCUGUAUGUAAAAAGAAAUUGAGACACCGCGAUAUUACCGGCUCCUUCUCUGAGAUAUUCACUGUUCUGGUUCAGUGACGCAAACAAGCUUCUGAAUGCAGUCUUCCUAAAUUGCCAUGAA